CUGAGGCAAGAUAAGUGAGUGAUCAAAAUAUGGCAGGACAUCAGACAUUUUAUUGUUUCGAAACCAGAGCGGGUAAAACCUUGGCUGGAAGAGACGGCGUGCAAUCAAUGCAUUCGCGGGCUCCCACCUCCUGUGCGACUGGCAUUCAUUGCAUAGUGUACUAUCAAAGCCACUGUGGCAUAUGGGGCAACUGAAGGAUACUCUAAUUUUGCAAGAGAACCAUUCCUUCUGCUUCGCUGUCACGGAUGAGCCCGUUGCUCUCUGGAUUCUCUACCUUAUUCUCGGCCAGAUAUUCGGGACCCUCGAAUCUGUUGAGGUGACAGCAAGCUGGAGUCUGCUGUGGGCUAAGCUCGUCGAAAGCCUGAACGGAGAUUUCACCAUAAUCCACUGCCCGCGCAAGCUUCCCACAGCGCCGCCUCGUGCGCCCCUGGCGUCUCCGGAUUGACCAGUGCAUUGAUAC